AGCACAGUUAUCUGCACAUUAUCUCUCCCAGAAUGACAAGAAGCCUUGCUGAGACUUGUGCCAGUUACUACACAGCCAAUAACACGUUUGUGGAUACUUUUGGCUGUCCCAGAAAAGAAGACGGAGUAGAUCUUAUCUAUUGCUGUGGUUUUGUUGACUUGAAAUAUUGCUGCAACGAACCAGGAAAUUAUUUUCCCUAUAAACAUGGAUACAUGUGGUCACUCAGCAUAGGAGCUUUGAUUGGACUUGGAAUUGCAGCACUGGUUUUGUUAGCUUUCAUCAUCAGUGUCUGUGUUCUUUGUUAUUUAUUUCUGUAUACAAAGCCACAAAGAAUAGAUACUGGCCUGAAGCUACAACACUCAGGAUCGUCAUCGUCAUAUAAAGGCAAUUUAAAGAAAAAGGACAAAUCUGAUUACUCCAAAAGAAGCAUGAAUUCAGCAAAUGAAACCUUUUCUGAGGCUGAUGGAAAUGUGCAAGAAAAAGUGACUGAUGUAUCUCAGAUCAAUGCUACCAAAGUUUAA